AAUGCAACUUCCAAGAUAGCUUGUUUUUAACAACAGGCAAAUUGUAUCCUCACAAGAUUGUAACAUGUACUGUGCCACGCUGGAUAUACACAUGUAUACGCCAGUCGUGACUGCUAUGCUUCGUCACGGUCUUAACCAAUGACGCUUUCGAUUCAUGCAAGUAAAUUAUUUUUAGAGAAGUCUUACCGCCUAACAUUGAGUUUUCUUUCUGUCACAUGUAUUUGACCAUCAGUGGAUACCUUUUAUGAUAUCAGAUGUUUUCCAGUAAACAAGAUACUUCUCUUUUUCCCUUCAGAUUUACUUAGCCAUUAUGUGUAUAUUAUUAUACGAAAUGUGAUUUAAGAAUAUUAGUAAACGUUGAAUAUAUCAUCAACCACGUUGUGUUUUGCUCGAACUUUUAUUAUUUCGAUUUAUGCGAGAAAGACGAAGCCGUCUGUAGCGCUGAAUAUAACAUUACUGAAUACUGUUAUAAUACUAUGUAACCAUAUUACUAGCUUUAAUAAGUUACCAGUAAACUUACCACGGGUAACUAUAUAUUAUAACGAAUGUAGAUAUCACCAUACGGUUAAAAUGUAUUUAGUGAAAUAAUGUAUUUAAGGAUGGUUGACAUCUGUACCGUUUCAACCGACACGUGCUUAUUGUUUAUAUUGCAAAAAAAAUCUUCAUGCGCAUCGUCUUUCUUUAUUAAAACACACAUGUACGAUGAAGCAUCAACGUGCAGCCUUAUUGCACGAAGCGGAAGAAAAAAAGAAGGCUGCAGCUCGAAAUGCAAGUAUGGGAGAGGAUGUUGAAGUAGAAGAGGUUGACGAAAUUGAGGCUGUUGAGUAUGCUAAAACAGAAAUAGAAGAAAAUGAGGAUGAGGUAGAAUACGUUGUUGAAAGAUUAGAAACAGACGAUGAACUGGAUGAAACACAAAUCAAGGAUCCAAACGAAGAUGUUGGUGGUAAAAUUGAAGAGGAAGAAGAAGAGGAGGAGGAGGAAGAAGUAACGCAUAUUCAAGUACCUUCAGACGAAGAAGAUGUCAAGCAUUCUAUGAAAAAGAUUAAAAUAGAAAGAGUGAAGCAGUGUGAGGAUUCUUUGACCGAAGCGAUGGAUCAUAUGCAAAGUGAAUAUUUAGAAGAAGCAGAUAAUCAAGAUACUGUACAGUUGGAAAUGGUUGUCGAAUCAGAAGACCAAAGCAAUCCUGAGAUGGAAGUUAUGUCAAUUCUUCCUGACACAGAAGAUUCUACUAAGGAAGAAUCCUUGAAAGAAUCCCGUGAAAAUGAAAGAGCGGUUCGACGAGGCGACAAUAAAUUAGAUAAAAAAACUGGGAAAUUAUUGCAAGACGAAUGUAAACAGCACGGAGAUUCGGGAAUAGUAAUGGCGUGUCCAUUACCUAUUUUAGGUACUACUUAUCAAAUAAACACUUCGACCGCACCUACGUCUAAUACGAUAGGUGUGCUUCAGCCUAUGAAUACGAUCCCUAUUGCGCCCGCACAAAAUAAAACGAUUACUUUGACGUCGGGUGGUAAAACUUUAACUUUAACAGGCGGCACAUUCCAACCUGGUACUCAAUACGUCUUGAGUAAAUUAAAGAAUAAACUUCCUACGUUGAUCAUGGCUGAUAAAAAACCUACAAUUGCAGCUAAUCAAGUAGAGGACGCCACGAAGGGCGUCCAGAUAAAUAAGGAUCAAAUGGCUGUAGCAAGUACUAGUUAUCAAAAUGUAAAAAAACAUGUGCUUUUAAAGAAUUUUAAGUCCCCUCUAAUUAAGAAGCCCCGUAUUUCUACUCAUGUUAUGGAUACGAGUAAAGGUCUACCAGUGGGAGGUUUGCAAGUCAGUCUGUAUAAGUUGAUGGAUGGUCGUUGGACUUUCUUGAACGAAAGCAAUACCAGUCCAAAUGGCAGAUGUGUAGAUUUAGUGGAUAACAUGAAACAUUUCACGGCCGGACGUUACAAGAUUCAUUUUGACGUCGACAAGUAUUUUACAUUGAGAAGAAUAGAAACAAUGUACCCGUUCAUUGAGAUCGUUUUUGAUGUAAAAAAUCCUGCCGGUCACUAUCACAUACCGGUACUAUUGAGCCCGUUUGGUUAUACCACUUACCGUGGUUCUGAAAGAUGAAUAUUAACAGAAUUACGAUAUCUAUCAAGUAUUUUGUUGCUUUGUAAAAAUAUCAAAUUACAUGAAAAUAAAUGUUUUUUACGAUUCAAAAUACUGAAAACUAAUAUAUGCCAGAACAGUAUUUCAGUAGCAUACUUUGAUUCCAUUGGAAAACAUUUUUGUUCUGUUUCUCACUCGGUGGGAAGAAACAAAAGGGAAAAGAUAAAAACAAGAUUGUGUACUUAUUAGACUGACAAUGAGUAGAAGGUUGUAAAAUUAAUACGGCUGUCUAUGGAAAAAUAUAUUUUAUUUUUUUACUUUAUAAAAAGUUAAUGUAGCAACUAGUGAAACCAACUAGUCUGCCUAUUAUUUUCUAGUUACUCGAAUGCUAAACAGUCCCUUUGAAAAAGGAGAGAGAACAUUGAAUGAUACGCUAAUAACAAUCGCGUUUCUACAAAGCUGAUAUGCGAAUCGGUUUACGAAUCAUUGAAUAGUUCGAGUGCUCUGUUGGAGAGUGUUACGAUCGAUAAAUAUUGUGAACUUAUCAAAGGAAGAUUAACAUGUACAACUAUACGAGAACAUACAAUGUCGAAGAAUUCCGGAAAAUUGCGAAAAACAGAGACGUACCUUUUGUUACGAUUUCAAGGAGGUAAUGUUUCUGAAAAAUCAGAGCAUCUAAAGCUAGGCUGAAGCUUUGGUUGGAAUAACAAUGAAAAUUUUAUUUUGGCGGACGAGUCGAAGGACCCGCACCGAUAGCACCAGUUUCACCGGUACCAAACUUGAAACUGGCUCUAUUUCCAUUCUCAUCUGCUUCGUACCUUCAAAAGAAUAAGUUAAAAAUCAGGUGUUUUUCGCUGAAAAUAAACACCGUUCAAAGGAACAAGCUGCAACUAACUUGACGGAAAUUGGAAGGCCCUCAGGACUAUUGUAAGAGAAGCUUCCUUUUACAGUUCGUACCAGUUCACCAUCCACGAGUUUCAGCAUUUCUGUCUCAUCUCUCUGUACUCCGUCCUGUACUACGUUUCCACUCGAAACCGGUGUUUUUCUGGCCUUAUUAUCAUCGUACGGUGUAUCAAGAAUCAAUCCACCGGAACCACGGGCAAACUGAGGCGCUUUUUGAUUUGGCGAUAGCUUCUCGCCGGCACAACACCACCAGCUGCCGAGAACCACCAGCCAGAGGAUCUAUAGACACCAAGCGCGUAACGAUCAGAUGAUAAAAGUUGAGGCUGAACUUUCUAUAGCGCGUGUCACGAGUCACGAUAACUGUUUGAAAUAUAAUUUCAGGCGAUCCUUUCGACGCGGGAAAAGCGAGGUUUUCGCCUGAGGUAAUCAACGACGUUCGGUGACCUCACGACCGAUGCUAGUACGCAUACGGUAAAAGCGUAAUCUAAUCAUCUUUUUCUGCGCGCAUUACAUCGGUCUACGUAACUGAAUCGAAAGGACACUUUCUAUUUAAUUGACCCUUCGAACUGGCUACUCUUCGCUCGAACGAAACGAAAGUGAAACAUCUUUCGAUGCGACUCGUUUGCAUCCCUUAUUCGCUCGAGGAUCGGAAAAGUUCAAGUUGUUACACGGCACGUUGGCGAUCCGGAGUCGGAUUGUAAACGUACCAGCGAUCGAAACACAGUUUCCGGAGAGGUCAUCGUCGUUAGAGAUCAAGUCACACCGACGACACUUGAAAUGGCAUCCCUCGAGAGGCACACGCACGCGACUUUUCGAUUCGCGACGGUUGUAUCGAUGGAUUUCAGAAGCCGCUAACAUCUGUGCUCCUUCAGCUCUGCCACCUUUUAUAUAUACCGUCAGCGUACACGACUAUGUGUACAAGGACGACUUUUUUCCCCCCUCUGAAAUCGACGAUCCUCACGAAGCAUCAGAUAAACUUCGCGUUCACUAUCCGGACGCUGUUGAUUCCCAAACUAUAAGCGGAGUUUUCUACUUUUGUUUUUCUUAACUUUUUAUUCUAUGACAAUUACCGUUACCGGUACAUGUGACACUGGUAGCUAAAAUGUUAAUAAAAAUACAUUUGUAGCGUUUUUUCAAUAUCUAGGGUCUUAUUUUGGAGUACUUAUAGCCUGGAUGAAAUUCAAGCCAAUGGAAUUUAAGGGACUCUUUGUAGAAGCGUCUUUGGAUCGUGAAGUAACAAGAUUAUGAAUCUAACGUACAUGAUGGACAAGCAAUUACGGAAUCAAAAGGAUUGAAUAAUUUUAUUUAUGAAGUUGAAAAGUGUCUAGAUACUAGAAGCUGCAAAUUAAGAUCGUCAGGGUAAUACGUAUAGCCGCGUCUAAGCGUCGUGUCAAAUUGGCAAAGAAAUUUAUUAUCUGAUCCGUGUACGCAUCUUGACACUGGUGUUAUUAGUAUCUGUAUACACGAUAGAAAUCCCACGGAAGAACGUAAAGACGUUUCAUCCACAACGGUAGAAUAGUUUUAUCUCCAGCUGGGACAGUGGUGCGCUUGUCGCGUUCACAAUUAUUUUUCUUGCCAGCUGCGCGAAGACGUUUCGAUUUAUCGCCAUCCGUUUGCCACGCGAUUCAAAGGCCAACGUCGUUACGAUGGAUGAGAUUUAGCUCUUUUAAGGGCACACGGGCAAACAAUGCGAUCUCUGCACCGCUAAUAGGAUGCGUUUGCUCUUUCGUAGGUAGAACAGUCGCGUUGACAUUUUACCCUUUUAUUCCGUGCUUUCGUACCAAACCCACCGCAUUCCGUGCCCGGUAGCUGAUCGAGCGAUCCCUUUCGUUCUGUUCCCGAGUGAUCGCGAUCAUCGAUCGGAGUCGAGCACGCUUCGAAGAUGAAAUCUAAGGGUCGUUGUUCUCUUGGUUGAUCGUUAGCAAGUAUGUAGUCAAUUUGAUCGAAAACGACUACAUACGUAUAAGGAAGAGAAAUAUCGUUGAAGUUUGAUUUUUUUUGCUGAAACGGGUGUAAAUCGUGUUUUGGAAAGAUUUGGAGAAGUAGGGAAAUCAUGAUUUACCAUUUGAAGAGGCAAUGCUCUGAACAUCCGGGCUGAAACCCGGUCUGCUUUUUAAAUUAAUGACGAUCCGGAAGUACGUUCAAAUUUGAUAGAGAUGGUAUUGUUCGGAAACUUACAAAAAGGUUCGAAAGGAUCGGAAAUUUUGUCGUGUUUGUUUCGAAUUUUUAAACGACCUAUCUUCGAGAGCAUUAACGUGUAUUUGCGAAUCGAACGUUUAUGGGGGUUCAGUGAUUUCGUAAUCGAUUACCGAGAAGAGAGAAAGGACUUGGUUGCUUAGAAGGAAGAUACGUCCACGGUGAUUUACAUCACUGACUUUUCGAAACGUUGUUUCGUAGCUGUCCCUGGUUCUCUCCCUCGAGAGGAGUAAUUCAGGUGGAUAUUCGUAGGCUCAGCAGUAACAAAGAAAGUUUGUUUUUAAAGUUGUCAAACUUUCUCCUCCUUUCUCAAAUUUUUUUUUGCUACUUAACUCGGACAGAUGGACAAUUUUUCAAGUAUGAGCAACGUCAUACUUAGAUCAUUUCAGAACUCUAUUUUUGAAAAGUGAAAGGGGAGAAUUUAUAAUUUUGUUCGGAUGGGAGGAUUAAAGUUGACAGUUUCGAUAUAACACGAGUGAAAAUUGAUAGCUUAAAUCGCGAGGGAUUAAGCGUACAAGGAAGCCUUAACAGUUUUAAUUCCGAUGGUGUUGAUCGGCCUUGUUAACGCUUCCCUAGUCUAUCGAUGGAAUGUUUCCAUUUUAAAGAAAAAAAAAAAACAAAA